GUGUCGCUUAUGUCGAAUUAUUUUUAGCAGACUGGAUAGCACGAGAAAACUCGUAAACCCUAAGGAGAUUUCGGAAAGAGCUAAUCUGGUCCUGAACUCUCGCGAUUAUCGCGUGUUGUACCAAAAAAUCGAUGUUUCUUGUCGUCGUGGAGAGCAAAGAGUGAACAUAAAGAACAUUGCUGCGGAAGUCACCCAAGAAGCAUCGGGAUCAGGACGUUUGUCGCCCCCAAUAACGGUAUUACCGCCACCCAUUACUACAUCUCGUAAUUAUGCUGCGGUUCGGAACGGUUCACACCCAUCCCCAUCAUGCCCGUAUUAUCUCAGCAACCCGUGUUCUGAACAUUCCAAUUCGACCUCAUCAGCGACCAUUAUGGGCAAAAUCUCACACCAUCAUCAUUAACCGUCAUGGAUCCGCGAACACCCACCCUCUCAUGUAUGAUCCCCAAUCACAUCUCCGCAUCUGA